CCAAUCUAUUGGUUGAUUAUUAUAAAUUACUAAAUGGAAAAGAAACAAGUGAUAUAAAUGCACUAAAUAAAUCUUAUACUAAAGCAAUUGAAAUGCAAUAAGGAAACAUAUAGAUUAUCCAGUUAUCUAUACAAUUGUCAUACAAUUAACGGGGUUUUUUUUAUCAGUCCUAUAGUGAUACAUAUACAAAAAAUAUUUAAAUUAAAAUCGCUCAUCAAUUUUUACAAAGAAACAAGAUAAAAAAUGAAAACGAAACGUUCCACUAGUAAAAUACGUAAUUCUGAACCAAUAGACGAUAUACUACGUCAUGUAGGAACUAAACAAUAUUUAUUUUUGGAAACACAUAUUUGUACAAUUUAUCGAGUAACAUGUGCACCUGGAGAAACAUUUAGUGAAUCAAAAGCAUUAUCAUUAAUAGAAAAAUAUCAUCGUAAAAGACAAGCACAUUGUAAUGCUGGUUUAUUGGAAGAUCGAUUUAGUUUGGAACGUACAAAAACUACUGGAAAAAUACCAUUUCGUCCAUGGGUAUCAUAUAAAGAAAUUAUGCAUUUCUAUGUAAGUCAUUCUAAACCGGAAUUCUUUGCAUUAUGUAUUGAUUCACAAAGAAGUUUACAAAAAUAUUAUGAAAUAUACAAAUGUAAGAGUGCAGCAAAUGUUAGAAAAGUUGAAGAAUUAAUGAGACGUGCAAUGAAUGAUCCAGACAAAAAACUACAUGAUGUGAAUGCACUAAGACAAGUAGCGGUGAAAGAUAGUGACCGAAUACGUUCCCUGCCGAAUUUCGAAGAAGAAAAUAUACGUGAUACUAUGGUUGAAGAUAGAUCUCCCUCACCACCAUAUCAGUACCCAUCACCACCACCAGUACGUCAGUUACCUUCUCCUGUGAUGGUAGCCCCAGUAAGACAAGUCCCUGUGUACAAUGCAGCAUCACCUAGCCCAGUAAUUAAUUUUGAACGUUAUAAUGUUGAUGAUCUAGAAAAUGUCACGUAUAUCAAACUGGAUCCUAACAGAGGUCCAAUGAUAGAUAAAGAAGGACCAAUUUAUAUGUUUUUUUCAAGGCAGAAAAACAAUCAAAGUGAACCAAAUCUUUACAAUAAUUAUGUUAAUCAUGAUUCACCAACUUGGAACAGAAGAACUAAAAACUCUAAUGUAAUGUAUUCACCAUGAUAAAACAAAGUCAUACUCUAAUGAAUAGUAUCCUAGAUUUUAAUUUCCAUCAUAAAGAUUCACUAGUUUCUAUACAUGAACAACUAAGAGAAUAACAUAAAAUGAUGAAAUUACCUGAAGAAUUCCACUUCUUUGAUUACAGUAUACAAUUAAUUUUCAGCUUUACCUACUUGUGUCAUACUAUUGUAGCUUUAUGCUUCCUUUAUUUUAAAAGCAAAAAAAUAAAAGACAUAAUGUUUUCGUUUCGAUUAUUUAGUACAAUUUAUUAGUCAUACUCAGGUUAGUAAAAUUGUUGCUGCUCAAAUUCUGUGUUUAUUUUCUCAUUUUUCUUUCUUUUCAAAAUCUUUUCGUUAUGAAUAUAUCAUUAUGAAAUAUUGUUUCACUACGGAAGUUGAUCAACAUAUUUCGUUAUGUUUUUGUUCAUUUCUACAAAAAAAAUUACGUCAGAUAUGUGUGUGUGUGAUUUAGUUGCUACAGUGAUUAGUAAAUAAUUUAGUCAUCCUUACAUUCAUAAGUUCAUGCCUAAACAAUUACCGAUAUAUAUAUAUAUAUAUAUAUAUAUAUAUAUAUAUAUAUUGCUUUUUAUAUAUGGAUACAUAUUUCAUAAAGAUUAACCAUUUAUUAUUAAUUUCAUUUUAUUAUUACCAAAGGAUGUAUGGAUAAUAUUGUUUAUUAUACUCACAGUAAUACGUAAAUAUAUGUUUCCAUGUUAUAUUUGUUUUUACUUUAUAAGAACUGGGGGUUCGUUGAGUACAAUCCUGAAUAAACUUUAUGUAUCUAUUCACUUCCUUUUUUUCUGUUUACAAAAGUGAAGAAUUAAUUCACUUUGAAGUAUGGAUAAAAUAAUCUUGUCAUGAUUUAGUUGUUCCAUUUUCUUUAUUUCUUUUAACAGAAUGUAUGAAAUCAGUUAAUAAUAUUAAUAUUAAUAUUAUCAUUAUUCAAUAAAAUUUCUUACAUGGGUUCUUUUAAAUGUGAAAUUCCAUGAAUGUCAAGUUUUCACUUUUUUUCUCCUGGGUUUAAAAUGUUUUAAACGUGUUUGUGAGAAAUUAAUUUUUAAUCUUAAUCUACUAUUGAAUACCAAGGUAUAUUCCUUAUUUUUCAUGGAAACAUGUUGAUGUGAAAUGAUAAUUGUCUAUAUUAGUGAUCCUUUCAGUGGAAUAUCAUUAAUACCUUUAAUAUCAUUGUAUUCAUUCAAACUAAGUAAGUUUAUUCAUACAUUUGAAGAAAUCACUAAGUUACUGAUUUUGAUUAGUCUUGUUCUAAUCUUAUCUCUAAGUGGAUACGUUACGUAAUAAUUACAUAAUGACAUUUAAAUUAACAUUGAUUAAUUUGAUUAAUUUAAAUGUCAUUAUGUAAUUAUUACCUAACGUAUCCACUCGAUGAGUAUUAUAUUAUUAUUGUAAAACGUAUAUAUAUUAGUGUAGAGCCAUGAUGAAAAACUAAUUGAAAAG